GUAGGUUUGCGCGCCAAAGACACUCCAUUUUUUCAAAAUUCAAUUUUUAAAUAAGGUUCACUCAAUAUCUUGAUUUUUAUAUGUAUCAUGCAUGUGCAUGUGAAUAAAUAUAGGUAUAGCUAGGUGUGUUAGAUCCCAUUCUUGUAUAUGUAUUGUGUGACAUGUUCUGUUUAAGACCCUGGAUCCCUUUUCUUCAACUUAAUAUAUAUCCCACGUUUUUACUGCGUCAGAUCAGGUGGUGGAAUGAAAUGAACAGAUGAGUGAUUCCAAAUAGUGGCGGCAAGGCAACUAUAAAUGAAAAAUAUAGAUAUAAAUUUUUCACUCUUUUUUCUCUGCAAAGGUUGGUGGUUAUACGCAGUGCUCAUACAUGUCCACGAUCCACUUCCAUAAAUAGCACGCCCAAAUUAAUUAAUUUUUGUCACUACAUCAUGUGCCAACACCAAUCAUUUCAGUAGAAUUUCUGAGUUUUAAUUUUUUUCUUGAAACUAUUACAUAAUAAUCUCAUGUUUGAAUUUCACAAGAGAGUGGCUGUGGCCCCUUGCAGUAAAGUCUCUGUCAAACUUCUCUUCACAUGAAUUCAGCUAUAUGAGCCUCUUUGGAGUAGGAGCAGUUGGUAUUCUUCAUUAACACACAACUCACUAUAUACACAUGCGCACACACACACUUACACUUGAAUGUGUAUGUAAAACCAUCGACAUAUCUUUUCUUGGCCAUGUUUCACAUUGAACACAGCUACAAAAUGGUGGACUGCAUGCUGAAUAAUCCACCAUCACCACCUCAGCCUUCGAGUUCAUUAGCAGACACAAUGCAGCUUGCAAUUGAUGAGGCGAAAACCUCGGUGGAAGCCAAGGGCAAGAACAAGAGGAAGAGGGACAAAACUAACAAGUCUAUUGAAGAAGUCGAGAAGCAGAGAAUGACUCAUAUCGCAGUGGAGAGGAACCGGAGGAAACAGAUGAACGAGCAUCUUCAAAUCCUACGCUCUCUCAUGCCGACCUACUAUGUCCACAGGGGAGAUCAGGCUUCCAUAGUUGGUGCAGCAAUCGAGUUUGUGAGAGAGCUGCAGCAACUUCUCCAAUGCCUUGAAUCAGUGAAGAGGCAUCAACAUCAUCAACCUCAGAUGAUCUUGCCUCCAACACUUGAUCAGACGGCAGAGAGCAAGUCUUACUUGGCAGAUGUUGAAGUGAAGCUCUCAGGGUUGUUAGGCUUGAUCAAGAUUCUCUCGAGAAGGCGGCGCGGCCAGCUCAUCAAGUAUAUUGCUGCAGUUGAGCAUCUGCACCUUCAUAUUCUGCAAACUGAUAUUACUACCAUUCAACAAGAUGUUGUCUGCUCUUUCACUGUCAAGAUGAGUAGAGAAGCAAUGCUCACAGCUGAAGAUAUGGCAAACUCAAUUCAGCAGAUAUUGAAUUCUCUUCAUGCCAGCAGCAGCAUGUCAUGAAACAAUUCUUCAACCAUUUGCUGGCUUAUAAUUUCUUCUAAAUCUUGCUUCAUUUUCAUUUUCUUCAAGAUUUAUCAUUAUUGGUAUUGCUAUGAUGACUAAAUCAUGAGUGUGUGUGACUGAGAGUUGAAUCAGCAAGCUGAAAAGGAGAGGUAUAUGAGGAGACAAAGUAUGAAGAAGUAGUGUCAAUUUCAACAGAAAUUGACAAAGUCAAAGCAUCCAAUAUAUGGUCUGAUGCCACAUAGGUGAGUUGACUUGUCAGAAAUUAGAAAAAAAGAAAAGAAGAGAGAGAGAGAGAUAUGAGAGAAGUAUGUAGUUGUACAGAGGUUUCUGACUUUCACAAAAUGAGUAUUGCAUGAGGAGUGAGUAAAAAAUGUUUG